UAUAGAGACAGUAGACUUCAGUAGAGUAGUAGACUCUAUUAUAAAGACAGAGAUUAUGCAUUAAUUAAUAAUCAUUAUGAUUAUAGAUAUAAAUCUAGAUCUAUAGACUAGACACUAUAUUCAAGAGAGGCAGAAUAAAAAAUGCCUUCUUCUUUGAAUCCAAAACUUGAAACAAUGUUAGCAGAAACUUCAAACAAAAUAUGUGGUUGUAAAGGAAUUAGAUCCUGUCGAUUGUGUAAAAAUACUGAAAAUGAAGUUCAAGCAUUAUUUACUGGAAAUCACAAUGUUCAAUCUAAUGUUGAGAAGAAAACAUGUUAUUUCUGUGUUCAUUGCAAGAAAGCUUAUCAAUAUACAAGAGUUGAUUCAUUAGCUGAAGAUCAAAGCUUGCAGUCAUCUUUCCCAGAAUGCCAAAAUGAAGAUUUACCAAACAAUACAAGUGUACCAUCUCCAGGUGCAACCAGCAAUGUUCUUGAACUCAAGGAAGACAAUAAAUUAUGUCAGCACAAAAAUGUACUUCACAAAAUGAAUUUUCCAGGAAUAACAAUCAUAGAAAACUUUGUAUCUCCAGAUGAAGAGUUCUCCCUAGAUGCUGCAAUUAAAGAAACACCCUUUCAAAAGUCUCAAUCAGGCAGACAAAAACAGGACUUUGGACCCAAAGUUAAUUUUAAGAAACAAAAAAUACGAGUUUCAAGUUUCAAUGGAUUACCUUCCUAUAGCAGAUUUCUGUUUGAAAGGAUGGGAGCUCACUCUUGCCUUAAAGAUUUUCAGCCUGUAGAGCUCUGCAACUUGGAAUAUUGCAGCGAACGAGGAGCACACAUUGACCCACAUUUCGAUGAUGCUUGGCUGUGGGGGGAGAGGCUCGUCACCCUGAACCUCAUGUCCGACUCUUGCUUGACAUUUACGCUGGAUGAGGAUCCGUUUCUGGAAGUCAGGGUACCCCUCCUGAGACGCUCGCUGAUUGUCGUAAGUGCUGAAGCAAGAUACCAGUGGAAGCAUGGCAUUAGCGAAGCAGACGUGAUUGGAAGAAGGGUGGCCAUGACCUUUAGGGAGCUGUCUGAAGAGUUCAGCAGAGGUGGGAGUAAAGAGGAAGAGGGGAAGCAUCUUUUGACUUUGGCCUUGACAUUUCAAGGGACUGCAAUACAGCCUUCUAAUGUCCCACACUGGGAUUAAGAGAAAUGUAAAGCUCCAAUAGCGUCAGAAGAAAGAAAGCCAUUGUGAUUUUGUACAAUCUUGACAUGCUUAACCAAAGAUUUUAUCCUAUUUAAAAGUCAUGUAUUCUUAAUGUGACUAGUUCCUUUGGAAUGGUUGAAUCAUGUUGAGUAUUGUUAUAAAUAAAAAACUAGACUUCAUGUCUUCUAACCAAAACAACUAAUAUUGAUCAUAUCAACAAGUAGAUAGCAAAACUUAGCUUUGAUCUUUAAAGCUAAACAGCACUCACAUUCCAAUGCACAAUGCAUCAGUCAACAUAACUCAAAUGACAAACUUUUAAAAUCUCUAAAAUAUAAUUACAAGAAUUUAAUAUUAAUUUACUAAUGUAAUCUAAUAUAGUUAACAUGAACUCUUGAUGUUCUAAUCAUUAGAUUCGUGUGUUUAAUGUUUACAUAUAAUUCAAACUUAUUUUAUUGUAUGUUACCCUUUUUUUUUAAAGGAAAUGGAUUGCAAAUUUGCUAGUUGUCAUUUAUUAUUAUUAUUAUUUUUUUGCUUUUAAAUUUAUGCAAGAGUCUUAUGUCAACAUAAUUAGUGUGAUAUUUUCUUUGUUUCCUAAAAUUUCAUACUAUAUACAUACCAGUCUAUAGAGUUACACUUAUUAAAAACUUUUUUUGGAAAGGAAAUGAAAAUAUAAAUAUUUUCUUUAAAAUGCUUGCAUUAGGAUAUCUAGAUGUUAUUUAAGUAGCCCACAUUAAGCAGAAAAGCCAAGCACUUGGUAUUAUCACAUUGUGGACAAAAUUCUUAAUUCCAGUGAAUCCUAUGUCUAAGUGGACAAAAACACUCAACGCUGAAAUCAGAACUAGAUGGGAGGGUCUUAGUAAUUGGAUUGAGAAGCUACAGAAGGCUCUUAGGUAUCCCUUACUAAGACUGCACACAAUUAAAGAAAUAUCAAACAGUAUCACAAUACCCACCCACCCCCCACCCCCAAAUGACCUGCUGACUCUGGAAAUGAUGUAUUCUAAAUUAGAUUGUUGAACUAUGACAUAUUUAGAGAACUAUUUUAUUCUAAAUGUUGUUUUUUUUAAAUAUGGAUUCAGAUAGGAAUAUCUGGGCUAUCAGACUACAAAAUUUUUUCAUGAAAUAAUCAAAACCUUUAUUAAAACUUUGUUUUUGGAAAAGGUGGGGGGGGGAGAGAUUUUUAUAUUAUAUAUAAGCUAUUGUAUAGUGUAGUGAAAAUGUCUCUUUUAAAAACAUUUGAUUAUUGUCAGAACUUCUGGCAUAAAAAUGUCAGACCCCUAAAAUGGAUGCACUAAUACACCACAUGUUCAUGUAAAUUCUAACCUAUCUUUUUUUCUCAUUAAAGUUUUAAAAUAUA